AUGGCAUUACACAACUAUAUUUACCUCAGACAUAAGGAUCAUGAUCCAAGCUGCCACAAACUGAUAGCUAGAGAUCAUGAUCCCAGGCCAUUGAUAUCGACAUCCGCUAAUCAGAGCCAGCAGUCUAUACCGACAGAGCAAAUGGCAGCUGCCAAGGCGAAUCAAAGCGCCAAAGCCGCUGCGGAGCUAGAUAAGUAG